AUGUCUCUCUUCGUUCUCGCCGAAACGCCGGCAGGCUACGGUCUGUUCAAGGCUGCCGACAAGAAGCUUCUGAAGCGCGAUGAGCUCUCUUCGGGCCCUACUUCUUCGGAGAAGAUCAACGAAAUGCUUAAGUUGAAGUCCUUCGUCAAGUUCGAUAGCUCCGCCGUUGCCGUCGAGGAAGCCGCCGGUCUUAAGGAGGGUCGCGUCCCGCCGUUGCUCGCCAACCUGCUCAAGGAGCUCAAGGACGAGAAGAAGGCUUCCAUUGCCGUUGCCGACCUGAAGCUCGGUACUGCCAUUGGCAAGCUUCCCGACUUGAACAUUCAGGCUGUCUCCGAGGCCGCCUCCCAGGAUCUGUUCCGUGCUGUUCGCGAGAAUCUCUCGUCCCUGAUUCCCGGCCUCACCACUGAGACCAUGGACCGCAUGGCCCUUGGUCUGUCGCACUCCAUCUCGCGACACAAGCUCAAGUUUUCUGCCGAUAAGGUCGACGCCAUGGUUGUCCAAGCGAUCAAGUUGAUCGACGACCUCGACAAGGAGCUCAACGUUUACGCUAUGCGCACCAAGGAAUGGUACGGCUGGCACUUCCCCGAGCUUGCCAAGAUCCUCAACGACAACCUGGUCUACGCCCGCCUUGUGGUUGCCGUUGGCAUGCGCCAGGACUUCAACGAUGCCGACCUUUCCGACAUCCUCCCCGAGGAGCUUGAGACCCCCGUCAAGACCGCUGCAGAGAUUUCCAUGGGAACUGAGAUCACCCCUGAAGAUUUGGAGAACAUUCAGUUGUUGGCUCAGCAGGUCAUUACCUACUCUGAGUACCGUGCUUCGCUUUCUAAUUACUUGGAGAACCGUAUGCGCGCUCUUGCCCCCAACUUGACCGCCCUCGUAGGCUACCUCGUCGGUGCUCGCCUCAUCGCCCAUGCCGGUUCUCUGAUCAGCUUGGCCAAGGCUCCCUCGUCCACCAUCCAGAUUUUCGGUGCCGAGAAGGCCCUCUUCCGUGCUCUCAAGACCAAGCAUGACACACCCAAGUACGGUAUCAUCUACCACUCUUCCCUCGUCGGCCAGGCUACUGGCAAGAACAAGGGAAAGAUUGCCCGUUCCCUCGCCGCCAAGACCGCUCUCGGCCUGCGCGUCGACGCUCUUGGCGACAUGGAGAACCAGGACGAUGAGGAGGAGCGCAGCCUUCUUGGCUUGACCAGCCGCAUCAAGCUCGAGAACCUGCUCCGCAAGCUGGAGGGCAAGCCUCUUCUGCCGAAGGGUGUGGGCGUGGGCCCCGACGGCCAGCUCACCACACCCGGCGGCUUCAGCCUGAAGGACUCCCGCAAGUACAACGCCGACGCCGACGGUAUCGAAGAUGCCGAGACCAACGGCAAGCCUGAGAAGAAGUCCAAGAAGCUUAUCCAGGUCGUCGACGAGGAGAUGAAGGAUGCCGACAGCGAGAAGGAGGACGAGGAGAUGAACGACGUCAGCGAAGAGGAGAAGAAGAGCAAAAAGGACAAGAAGAAGGAAAAGAAGGACAAGAAGCGUGUCUCCAUUGUAGCGGCCGAGACUCCUGUCAAGGAAAGCAAGAGCGUCAAGGGCACACCCGCGAAGCUGAGCGAAAAGGAGUACGAGCGCCUUGCCGAGGCCGCUGGUGUCAGUGUGUCCAAGUUCAAGCGCAAGUUCGAGCGCGGCGACGUCCAGCUCGGCGAGGACGGCACGCCCGUCGUUUUCAGCAAGAAGGAGCUGAAGAAGCUCAAGAAGGGCGAGGACGAGGCUGACGAGACGCCCGUCAAGGCUACCGACAGCGGCAAGAAGAAGCGCAAGCACGAGGACGACGAGACGCCCAAGAAGGAGAAGAAGCUGAAGAAGAAGCGCAGCUCCCUCGGUGCCUAG